GGUUUAAAUGUUUCAGUACAAAAGGUCGUGUCCAAUUACGGUGACUGUCGGGUGUAUAGUGGAGACUCGCCGCUACGGAUCACUAAAGCACCUCUACCUUGUAAUACAUUGUUAUACCGCUGUGGAUCAGGAUUAAAUUUUUUUGUACACAAGGAAAUGAUAUACUUAUUGUUUUAUUGGAUUUUUUCUUUUUAAUACAUAUGGAGUAUAACAAUGUUUAAAAAAAAUGAAGAUCAGGACGAUUUAAUAUUUUAAUGUGUUGGUAGCCAAACCAAAAGACUUGACAAUCAAAAAGACUAGACAAUGGCAAAAUUUCAAUUAUACACCAUUGUUGCGCCUUGCUUUAUUAUCCUAGUGUGUUUAAGUGGAAUGGAAGCUGGAGGAAAGUUUACUUGGCUUCAGAGGGAUAGAUUUGAUGAAGUUGUAGGAAAAUACAUCAAUGCUAUAAAGGGACACAACUGUGCACCAAGAUCGAAAGCUGAUAUGAUGAUGAGGGAUGAUAUUGUUACACAAAUUCCGAAGGCAAACGAGCUUCUCAGUAAAGUUUUCUAUUCAAAUAGAUCUGUGCUAGUACAUAUGCAUAAUAUGGCUCUUAAUAGGGCAUUCUUCAUGAGUUAUAUAUUACAACGAAUGAAUAGUACCGAAGACUACUCUAUACAACCUAAUCUUCAUUAUCUCUAUAUGUCAGUAACGGCAGAUAUCAAUGCUAAUCCAUAUGCCAUAAACGGAUCAUCCAUCAUUUUUGACCAAGAUGUCUAUUAUCCGAAUUGGUUGACAAAUUUGGAUUUUAAUAAAACUAUUCCAUUGUUCGGUGUAAAAGGCUGGCGGAAAGACAAUACUUUUGCACAAGGAAACUUUAUUCGAGAACCUAACAGACGAGUUGUUCAAUGCCAAGAUAUAGGAGCAGGAAACAAUAAAAAUUAUACCCAUGACGGAUAUAAGAUGAACCCUUGGUAUGACUUUUGGUUACCGGAUCUAGAUGGACAGGAAGACAAAUCUAAUAAAUUUACAUAUAGCGUAGGAAUUCGAUAUUCAAACGUAACGGGAAAAUUCAUCAAAGAAGAUUUUGAUGUUUUCAAUUUUUUUGGUCCAAAUCUACCUAGUCAGAGCGAAAAAGACAUUGGGAAAAUGCCAGUCAGAUUUACAGUACCAUAUUUUGAUUGUGGAAAAUCUGACACAUGGAAAGUAAGCGCCGUAGCUCCAAUCGUUGAUUUCUUUCCAAGAUAUUCAAAUUAUACACACAUGAGACGACAGAGGUUUGUUGGAGUGAUAACGAUGGAUACGGAUUUUUUGAAAAUUGACUUUAACCCAUGUGGAGUCAGCGCUGGAAAUCCGGGACCAAGCUACCUUGCAGGAGUAGCAAGGUGUAAAGAUCACACUGGAUGCAAAGCUAAAAGCGGUAAAGGAUAUGGGCGUGGAGGAUACAUCUGUCACUGUAAGGGUAAAUACGUAUAUCCUAUGGAUAUCCAAGGACCAUACGAUGGAAAACUGAUAGAAAUGUCAACCAAUGAGGAACGGGCAAACAGUUUUAAUUGCAUACGUGGCGACCAUUACCGCGUUCUUCCCAUUGUUGACCAAAAUGCUGACGUCACAGUUGAAUUUGGAGUGGCUAAUAUCAAUACUCGUAAGAAGAGGUCACUUCUGUCAAUAAAUGAAACGGAUUUCAUACACUAUGGAAGUGAAAAACAUGGAAAAGUUGAAAGAGAAACUGUAAAGGAAACUACCAAGGUUGAGUUUGAACAGAAUCAGAGGAAAAAGGAGAAGAAAAAGAGAAGAAAGAGAACCACGGAUUACGGAGAUAGAUCAGAAUUUGAUCAAAUGCGCUUUGAUAGAAUGAUCAGGAUUUUCAGACAGAAAGUCAGUAUAAACAAAGACAAUUGCAAGAGUGUCCCUGCAAGUUCUCUCAAUCUGCCAGGAGACGCUGCUUUUGACGUUGAAAAUCAAUUUAAAUACCAAGGAGCAACGGCCCUGAGACUAUCGCAUUUUCUAUCAAUUUUCCUAGAAACUGUUCAGAUAACUGAUAACUUUGGUAAUCUAAGAGGAGGUGGUAGACUUCAUCAGGAUCACUUAUUUGGAGAAGUCUUAGCUAACGUAAUGGGAGAUCACAGAAUUUUAUCAAGUGGCAUUUUCUUCGAACCAUACAUCUUUGAAAACCAGGAUGGAACUCCUAAAGAACUUUUUGGUCCUUAUGCCUUUAAAGACCGAGGCGUUGCUAAGGCUAUAGAUAUGGCAGGUUUACCAAGAAAAUAUAUAUUUGAAGACUGGUACCAGAAUAUCAAACAGAGCUGGGAAACUAAUACAGCUAAACUCAAGAAACAUAAAAUGAAUCAACUGGUUCGCUCAGACGCAAAAGGGACCAGCUCAAUAAAAUUUGAAUAUUACCCAAUAGGAUACUAUGCUCCUAAAUAUGAAGAUGGUCUUUGGUCUCAUCCUAAGUUUAAGUGCGAUGGAAUGACAGAUAAGUGGGUGAUGACAUACAGUAUUCCUUUCUUCAGAAGAGACUAUGUUGCAAAGAAAAACAAAUUCGCAGGAGUUGUAACUGUCGAUGUACCUCUUGAUAAUUUGGAAAUAAACCAAUGUCCAAUGGCAUUUAGUGUUGCUAAUGCAUUCAAAAAUACAGCAAGAUGUCAUAAGUCUACUAAGUGUAAAAUGAUUCCUGGGUAUAAAUACUCACGAGGAGCAUACCGAUGUGAUUGUAAACAAGGAUACGAGUACCAGUUUGCUGAUGGAAAGAACUUUAUAGAAGGAAGUUUAGUCGAGCUGGAAUAUGAAAAGAAAGUCAAGGGACUGUUCAGUCGGUUUGAUUCCCUAGUAUGUCGAGUACAAGGAGGCGCCAGUGCAGUUGCUGUGAAUUACUUUUCAGUAUUAAUAGGGAUGCUUGUGGCAUUAAUGAUGUCAAGAUAAACAGUAAAACUCAUAUAUGUAUCAUCCGUUACAAAAGAUAUACACGAGAACAUUUUUCAUUUAUAAUGUAUAUGAAGAGGAGAUGCAAACUGUUGUAUCUACUAAUGUGCAUUUAUCAUCUGAUUCAAAAUCAAUUUUGACAAUUUAUGAAGAUUGAUUCAAGUUAGUUUUUUUGAAGUAAUCAAUGCAUCAUCAUUCUUAAUUUCUGCAAUUGAUAUUGGAUUGUGUACAUUAUAGAAGUAUAAUCACUUGUUCAUCUACUUAGUAGAACAAAAAACGUUUUCAGUCAUAGCGAAUUCUUCGAACAUAAAAUUGAUGAAUUCAUGCCUUUUUGGUUGAUGAAUCAACGAUCAUAUACCUGUAACUCAAAUGGAGACUGAUAGGGUCUUAUAAAGACAACUCUGAAUCAAUUAUGUUAUCAUAACACAUUGAAUAUAUGAAAUCCAUCCAAGUAGUAUUAUUACAGCAAACUGUAUUAAUCAAGAGAGAACGUGACUGUAACAGUGCUAUGUUGUUGUAUUAUUGAAUUACUUAUUUUUAAAUUUUAUAUUUAUAUUUUUUACAUUGACUUGAAAUCCAUUUUUAUGAAUCUCAUUUUUGUAAAUUUAAUUUAUUGGAAUGAGAAAAAGUUGGGUGUUUUUGUUAUCGUUUCCAGUUUUGACCAAUAUCUUCCUAAUGGCAACUGGACUUUUCAAAUGUCAACUUAUCGCAUGUUAAGAUUUGUAUUAAUUGAAUUAUUAUUGUCAGAAAUCGAACAUCAUUCCAGGGUUUAUUCCCGAUGGUCCCAUUUUUCGGAUUUCUAAUUGUCUCACAUUGUUUUAUUAUGUUAAAAUAAAUCAUUGCAUGAACAUAUUAGCAGUUGAUAUCAAUUAUAAAUUCAUAUCAAUUGAUUAAUUAAACAUGAGAAUGCACUUUUGGUUAAAUAAUAUAACAUACAAGUGAUAAUCGAUGUCUAUACUGUAAGGUAUAUAAACAAAUAUCGAGAUGAGAGGAGAAUUCCAAUAUUUGGAGAAUAUAUAUAUAUUUUUCUAUUAUCUUCAAGUUUUUAUCUAAAUGAUUAAACACGUACACUCAA